AAAAGCACUGCAUCUAACAGAAACUCACACCCAUUUUAUCUUUCAAUUAAAAUUCUCUCUCUCUCUCUCUCUCAAAACAAACAAUCAAAAGAUUCAAAAUAAACACUAACUAGAAGAACUUUGAUUUUAUCUACUAGAUUCAAAGAUGAUUGCUACUCUCAAAGCCGAAGAGCAAAGUCAGUUACAGCUCGUGGAACGAGAAGACAUCGAUGACGAAGAGGAUUUGUUCGAAGCAAUUGACAAGUUGAUAGCUCAAGGAAUCAACGCUGGAGAUGUAAAGAAACUUCAAGAUGCAGGGAUUUACACCUGCAAUGGCUUGAUGAUGCACACAAAAAAGAAUCUGACAGGAAUUAAAGGAUUAUCUGAGGCUAAAGUUGAUAAGAUAUGUGAAGCUGCUGAAAAGAUAGUGAAUUUUGGUUAUAUAACAGGAAGUGAUGCUCUGCUAAGAAGGAAACAAGUAGUUCGUAUCACAACCGGAAGUCAAGCACUUGAUGAACUAUUAGGAGGUGGGAUUGAAACUCUAUGUAUUACGGAAGCUUUUGGGGAAUUCCGAUCUGGAAAAACACAGCUUGCUCAUACUCUCUGUGUUUCUACACAGCUUCCUACUAACAUGCGGGGAGGGAAUGGAAAGGUUGCUUAUAUUGAUACUGAAGGAACUUUCCGACCUGAUAGGAUUGUUCCUAUUGCUGAAAGAUUUGGCAUGGAUCCAGGAGCAGUCCUUGACAAUAUCAUUUAUGCUCGUGCAUAUACAUAUGAGCAUCAAUAUAACCUGCUUCUUGGCCUGGCUGCAAAAAUGUCUGAAGAGCCAUUCAGACUUCUGAUUGUGGAUUCAGUGAUUGCGCUGUUUCGAGUGGAUUUCACAGGAAGAGGAGAACUUGCAGAGCGCCAGCAAAAGUUGGCACAGAUGCUUUCUCGAUUAACAAAGAUAGCUGAGGAGUUCAAUGUUGCAGUGUACAUGACUAACCAAGUUAUAGCUGACCCAGGCGGAGGAGUGUUCAUAUCAGAUCCAAAAAAACCUGCAGGAGGUCAUGUGCUUGCCCACGCGGCUACAAUUAGGUUGAUGUUCAGGAAAGGCAAAGGGGAACAACGCGUCUGCAAGGUGUUUGAUGCUCCAAAUCUGCCAGAGGCUGAAGCAAUAUCCUUAGUCACAGUCAUUGUAUUGCUUCCAUUUUCACAUAGGAAAAGCAGCAUAGGCAUCAAACCUAAUAUGUUUGUGGGCGGUAGAACUCUGAACCACCUAGGAAAAAUGGAAUCGCAUCUUAUAAUAAGUCAAAUUAUCGCAUAGUCCCACAACGGUAGAAUUACAAAUUUUGCUGUGACAAGUUAUUCUUGACAGGAGCACGUAUUUCAGAUAACACCAGGGGGUAUUGCAGAUGCAAAGGACUAGAGGAAUGCCGCUACUCUUGGCCUUGCGCACAUCGCUAGGAGGCAAAACACUGGAAAAUUUUGUUCACCUGUUAUCCACUAGCAUCUGUAUAUGGUUAAAAUAGUAUACCUUGUUUCUGAAGGAGGCCAUGCAAGGGUUUAUUCGCUCUUCAGUUAUCCUUUAACUUCUUUAAAAGACUGUGUAUAAGAUGUAUAGCAGCAUUUAUUAGAAGAGGGCGCCACAACUGGCAAUUGCUGAAAGAUAUUUUGCUAUAGAAUCUUAUGAAAGAUAUUAUUACCAUUUUGUGUC